AGGAAGGAAGUAUUUCAUUUGAUCUCAAUGAUGCAGACAUCAGGUUCUGUUAUCAGAAUGGUUGGAUUCACAGGGUAGCCCUAGAUGGUGAAAAUAUUGCAGUUCUGCCAUCGCGCUUACAUGAAAAGUAAUUCUUCUCAUAUGCCCCUAUUGUUUUGAACUGACCAUAUUAGGUAUAUUGAAUACUCGAUUGGCACAAUGUCAAAACCCCUGCCUGCCAGAUUCGACUCGCUACAGAAAUCAUGCAAAGAGAUUCUCUGCAAAUUCUCCAUCAUGAACUUGAGGCACUCAGUUGAGGGCAAAAAAAUGUCAACUGCAUCACAGCCCAGACCUAUGGAAGCCCAGUAUUAAGCUGAGUUCUACAGGGGAUUUGUCCAUACAGCAGGGCGAGGUGUACCGAUAUCCACUGAAUGGUCAAGAACCAGGGAUGGUCGAGUGGAUUUCUAUAUCCCAGAAAAGAAAUGGGCGAUUGAAUUGUUGAGAGAUCAUAUUGAAGUCAAUGAACAUAUCUCUCGAUUCAAGGACAGUGGGAAAUAUCAUCCCUGGCUGAAGGAGAAAAUGGUCAAGGAUUGGAUCAUAAUUGACUGCGACUUCUUUACCAACCAAAGGUGUGUUCUUACUCAGCGUUUAAUUUAGUAGCCAUGAUUUAUUCCACUAACAACUUAUAAACUUCUCUGAACCUAAGUUAUGGCAUGCUGUGUUCGCCAAUAAUUAUUCUAAAUUGCAGUUGUAUAACCAUCAGCAAGCUUUUAUGAUGUCUGUGCAUCUACAUAAUUGAGAAUAAGCAGGGAUGAUAUUGCUAUUACACUGCUUACUUGCGUCUGUCUUUUAUUGUGGUAUCUUUGUUAGCUGCAGCCAACUUCUGACUAUCAAGCAAUCAAAUGAAUUCACCUCGUUUCCUUUGUCUUACCCCUGUGGCUUCUUCUCUUUUCUCCUCGGGGUCGAUAUUCUCGUC